CUGACACACUGGCCUCAAGACAUUCUCUUUCCUUAUCCAGGCCAGCUGACUCCUGCAGAGAUGUCCUGCCAGCAGAGCCAGAAGCAGUGCCAGCCUCCUCCCAAGUGCCCCUCCCCCAAGUGCCCUCCCAAGAGCACAGCCCAGUGUCUGCCUGCAGCCUCCUCCUGCUGUGCUGCAAGCUCUGGGGGCUGCAGUGUCCCCAGCCCUGAGGGAGGCUGCUGCCUGAGCCACCACAGGCGCAGGUCCCACAGGUGCAGGCGCAGGAGCUCCAGUUCGUGUGACCGCUCCAGUUCGUGUGACCGUGGCAGUGGCCAGAAGUCCGGGGGCUGUGGCCACAGCUCCGGGGGCUGCUGAUG